AGGUCGCCUGCUCAAACGAUCCAAUACAGAGGGGGUUGGUUCCGCGUGGCCGAGCGAACCCUAGAAAGGCAGGCGGCGGCGGCGGCGGAGUGGCCGAUGGUGGCGUAUCCAGGAUUUCCUCCUCUGGUUUCAUCCGAUCUGAUACUUCGAUGGCGGGGCGAGGCGAUUGGCGUGUGCAGAAGCAGGGCAACUCGGGCGGCGGCCGCGGAUCCUGGGUGCAGGGCCGCGGAGAUGCUGGUGGCGGGGGAUUCUGGGUGGCAGGGCGAGGUGAUGCAGGUGGUGGCGGUGCUGGUUGGCGUGGACCAACGCAACAGAGACCGCCCACUCCUCCAACUCUCUCCACUCAGCCCAAUCCUCUAGUUGGGGGUGCAUAUGGCGUGGAGCAUGGAUUUGGAGGUGGUCAACAUGGUCAUGGGGAGUACUUAGUUGGCCGUGGUGGACAUGGAUCUGGGCAACAUGGGAGCGGUGGUUUUGUCUUCGGACAGCAAGGGCAGUUCUACCAGCAACCUCCAAUUCCUCCUUCAGGUAACUUUCAGACACAUCCUGCUGUUGGGUUUGGAGCAGUUCAGUUUGGCCAUAUGGGCAAUGAUGCUUUGGGUAGUUAUCAGUAUUCUGGAACUAGCAACUCACCUAAUCAACAAGGACAGGGGUAUGGUUAUACUGGUUUCAAUUCAAAUCAAUCUGGUACUAGCACUGGGCCUGCAAAUAUUGGGAGCAGAUCACAGAUGACAUGCUAUAAAUGUGAGAAUACUGGUCAUGCUGUUAAGGAUUGUCAGACUGUGUUAUUUUGCGUCAACUGCACCAAGGAUUCACACCUUUCGCGCAAGUGCUCUUUCCUGUCACAACCUAAGCCUGUUGCCAGUCUGGUUGGUAGUGCUGCUGAUGGUUUGCAGAUGUUCUCAGCAAGGACCAGAAAGAAGCCGGAGCCAGAUGAAAACAAGCAGGCUAUAGCUAUUAUUACUGUGAAAAAUGCAAGCCUGACUGCGUUACAGCUUGUUAACUCUCUCAGCAUGAUGUUCCAGUGGGGAUGGGAGUGGCAGGCUAAGCCUUAUCUCAGAGAUAGCUUUUUAGUCAAAUUCCCUUCCGCGAAUAAAAUUGAUGAAAUGAAGGCGUACAAUUUCUUUGGUCUGAUUGGAACAACAGCUAAUAUCAAAGUAGAUAGAUGGACCAACUCUUCAACUGCAGCUUUCAAACUGUAUGUUUGCUGGGUUAGAAUAACAGGGGUUCCCGAGACACUGGAGCACUAUCAAGGUUUUUGUGAAGUUGGUUCUCUCAUUGGUUCAGUUUUGGAACUGGACAUGGAGCUCUAUAGGCAAUGUGGAGUUCUCAGGGCUAAGAUUGGAGUUACGGAUCCUAGGAAAAUACCCUCUAGCGCUCCCCUGAAUGAAAGUGGUUUUUAUCUUCAACAUAUACUUUGAACUAGAAGACAUAGUGGAGGAGGGUGGUCCUAUGGAGGGCGGUAUCUUGGUUAGCUAUCCUAGUGGUCCUGAUUCAUCUCAUAACGCUACAGAGAAAAGACCGAGAGAGCAAAGUAACAAUAAGGAGGUGGGAUGUAGCAAAUCUCCCAAACAUGGUACUGGGGCUGGAAGGUCGGAUAAAGGAAACACUUCAGGUUCAUCAGAGGUUGUGAUCCCGAGUCAAUACGAACUUGAUAAGAACAUGGUUGCUGAAAAUGAGGUGAGGCAAAAAUUACUUGACAAAAAGCUGGAUGCUGAAAGAGUUCUCUCUGGUGUGGAACAGGUUAAUGCUGAGUUUGCUAAUAGCGCUGCUAUGUUGGAGGAUUUCACAGAAGUGCCUGACAGCCAAAAGGAAGAAGAGUUUGAUUGCACUCAAGACCCAGAUGACUUUGCUAGGAGGCUUGGGAUUAGCACUCAAAAAGUUAAAGAAAUCAAUGACAAUGUUGAGAGGGAGAUGAUUGCGGAGGAAAAUGAGAAUCUGCUACUAGCACAAGAUAAGGAAAAUAGGAGCCCUUCUCUCAUCAGCUCCACUCAGGCCGUGACCGCUCCCGGGAGAGAAGUGAAUCAGAAGCAAACUCCCUUCUCUAACAAAGUUGAUGUAUGUUUACAAUACCCCUUACAAGACAUGUGUGGUGUCGAUGCAGUCAAUAAGCAGAAAAUGAGGGAGGGUGAAGCCAGAGUUCAAAAAGCAAAAGACAAGGCGGCGCUUGAUGAAGCUGCUAGGAGAAGGAGUGAAAGGCAUAAGAAUAAAGAUGAGGGGCAUACUAUGGACAAGGCUACUGAAAUGGCAAAGAAGAAAAAUUUGGAAAUGGCACCAGAGAAAAGAUGUGCAAAAAAUGCUUAGGGAGGUUUCCAAGAGGCUAUCUCGGGUAGCAAAUGAAGUCUACAGAAGAACAUAUGGGUGGAAUCCUUCUGCUCUAAGACUGGGUUUUGUGUCUACCUGAAAUUGGGCGGUUCUGUAGUAUGUUUUGCCUAUUGUUUUGGCUGAUGUGCAAAUUGUAAAAGAUGUUUAAAAGUCUGUUCUCUCUCCGGUAGUGGGUGAUUUGGCAUCCUAUAGAUAUGGUUAUAUGUCUAGGAUGUAGGUUGCUUAUCAGUUGAUGAGGUGAUGCAUUAGGUCUGAUGGAAAAAAGUGGUGUGGUGGUUGUAUCUAGACUUCUAUUUUCUUAAUGAAAAU